AUGGGCCGUUUGAUCGGGUUGCUACCUACGAUAACUGCAUUUGCGGCAUUUAUUCUGAGCAUACUAUGCCUCUUUGCCGGGUCGCAGACGAAUUUGCUGGCGUCGUCCGAUAUACUGACGCUGUAUACACCCACCGUUGGAAAUGGGGCCGGAGCCCACGACUUCUAUUCAAUACAUGUGAUGUCUUACUGCGAGGGGUCCCUGGACUCGAGGGGGGAGAAGAAUCUGAUGGGAUGUUCCAAGCGCUCGAUGCUGUUCUCCUUCGAUCCGUCGGACGUACUACUGGAAGAGACCGGGAAUUCCACGUCGCUUCAGGGGCUAGGAUGGCCGGACGCCAUCAGCGAAGAUUUUCGAGCGUUUAGGGUCACCUACCAAAGUCUGGGGGUGUUAUACUGCAUGGGAGUGGGACUGGCAGGGUCCGCGAUUCUGGCAAGACUAAUUUUUAUGCUUUCCCGAAAGACGCGACAGUCGGCGAUAGAGUUGGCAUCGCUGUUGACCGGCUUUAUCAUGAUUAGCAUCGCCUCCAUAGUCGCGACCGUGAUCAUGUUCCAAUUUGUGAACCUCGUCAAUUACCACGGGGAGACCUCGGAUGUGACCGCCCAGUACGGCCGAAAAUUUUUGGCCAUGAGCUGGGCCGCGGCCGGAUUGUUGUUGGUCGGGAGCGUUGCGAGUUUGGCCAUGGUUCUGGUCGAUCGAGGCCGAGCCGAAGAGGAGCCCCCGUCACCUUCACGGCCGGACACGCCCAAAUCAGAGAUGGGCGGUGACACGGAGUCGGUCAAGUCGAAGGGGUAA